AUGGCGCCAAACAUGCGGCAAGACAUGCCUCCCGGGGAGACAGCAUCAGAGCGCGUGCCACUGAUUGAUGACCGGGACCGAGGCGAGGGGUGGAAGGAGGAAGGCCAGGAUGAGCGCAGCGGGGAGCAAUCGGGGGGGCGGGGGUUCUUCACGGUGGACGAUGCCGUGAGCGGCCUGGGCGUGGGCUGGUUCCAGGUGUUGAUGAUGCUGGUAGUGGGAUUCUGCGCCCUGGGCGAGGGCGCCAACGCGACGGUGGCCGCCUUCGUGGCGCCCGCGGUCAAAUGCGAAUGGAGACUGACAGACAAGCAAGAGAGCCUAUUGACAGUGUGGGUGUUUGUUGGGCUGCUGAUUGGGGCCUACUUGUGGGGGGCACUUGCGGACAUCAUGGGCCGGAAGGUCUCGCUCAUGGCUGCGACAGUGGGAGGCAUCCUCACAAGCACAUUGGCAGCAGUGAUGCCCACCAUAGGGUGGCUUGAGUUCAUGUUCGCUCUGAUGGGAUUCACCUUCGCGGGUCAGUUCUCCGGCUUGACAUACCUCCUGGAGUUUGUGCCAGCGGCCCACAGAGGCAUGUGGGGUGUGGCAGCGGGGUUGUUCUGGAGUGCGGGCAUACUGGGCAAUGCUGCAACUGCAUGGCUGGUUAUGCCGUGGCAUGGCUGGCAAGGCCUGAUGGUGAUCACCAACAUACCGUAUGUUGUGGUGCUGCUGCUGUUCCCCCUGGUUCCGGAGUCUGCGCACUACCUCACUGCAGCUGGACGUUCUGAGGAGGCUCUGAAGUCGCUGCGGUGGGCUGCAAGGCUGAAUGGGACGCAGCUGCCAGAAGGCGAGCUUGUUGUGCCAGCAGUGGAGGAGGACGACUCAGAGAAUGAAUGCCGGCACUGCUCUUCAAAGAUUGGGAAGUUCUUGUCAGACAGUGCAAGGCUGGUGUCUGACUCUCUCUGGCUGACAACGCUGCUGGUGAUGGUGCUGUACGUCUGUGCCAAUGUGGUCUACAAUAUCAUACUUCUCCUUACCACCCAGAUCCACACGAAACAGACAUCGACGUGUGAGGGACAGGUCUUCUCCCUGUCGGCAGAGGACUUCAGGGAAGUGCUGAUCGUGUCAUCGGCAGACUUGGCAGGGAAUGUGCUGCCAGUGUUCAUCAUCGAUUUCAUUGGAAGGAAAUGGUCGAUGUUUGCCCUGUCGGGGGGUGUUGUCGUUUCCCUACUGCCAGUGGUUUUUGCCGGCACAGGAUUGAAUCCCACAUGGCCCCUAUUCGCGGCAAGGACUCUCACAGCAGCAUGGAACAAUGUUCUGACAGUCUACAGCCCAGAAGUGUUCCCAACAGAGAUUCGAGUGGCGUCCGCGGGCCUGGGAAAGAUGUUUGGAGCAUUUGGGAGCAUGCCUUCAGGAUUCGUUGCACAGGGUCUAUUUGAUAAGCAUGGCAUCAGAGCGUCUGUGGGCGUGCUCCUUGCCCUCACUGGUUCCAGCAUGCUGUGGGAGGCAUGCCUUCCGAUUGAAACCACUGGCAAGCCGCUCCAGGGCAACGUGCUGGAAGAUGGCAAAGAGAGGGAGGGCCAAGGGGAGCGAGAGGGGUUAGAUGUGGAAGUGUGA